AUGCUUUCAGUUAUAUCAAAGAGGAGGCUUCAAAAACGAAAGCAUGAAGAUUGUGAGAGCCAAAACGAUUAUUCCAGUGAUUCAGAAGAUUCAAAAGAGGAAACACAAAAAGAUGGUCCACAGUACCAGGAAAGUAGAGGCGGCGAAGAUGUCCAAGCUUAUGAAACAAAAUGGAGCCGAGGGCGAAAAAAAGAUGAUUUGGCGAAAUCGGAGAACUCCGAUCAUACCAAGGCAACAAAGGAAGAUAAUUCCAGAUCUCCCGGAACAGAGAGCAACAUAUGCAGUGGCGAAGAACAGAUAAGCAGCGGGGAAGAUACAAAAAAGAAAAAAGAUAAGGAACCAGAAGAAGCGGUAUCUAAGGUUGCCGAAAAGGCGGAAGGGAGCUCCACAAACGUUGGUGAAGAUGAGGUGCCAACUAAAUCUAAAAAUAAGAGAUUAAGCCUCAAAAAAAGAUAUAGAGGAAGAUAUGGUAGCCCCGGGACGAGGACGCAGAAAAGAGAUGAUGAAUCUCAGAAGGUGGAAAUCGAGAAGCAACCUUCAGAUACAUCGAAGCUACAUCAAACACUGAUGUUGACGAUGUCGAAAGGGGACGCCGAUAAAGGUGGAAAGAAAAGUAAGAAAAAAGAAAAGUCAAAGGAUUAUCACAUAGAAGCCGAAAAGGGAAAGAGAGGAAGGAGCCGUUCGAUGUGGAAGCCGAUCUCGGCACGAAAAUGA